GAGAUGUUGAUCUUCUUAGAUGGGAUGUUGACCUCCUUCAGAGUCACUAAAGGGGCGGAGUCAGCUCUCUGUGGAGCAGAGACUGAGCUCCAUCAGCGUGUCGACGUUCCACUGAAGGCUCAGAUGGUUCUCCGUUCUGCUGCUGACUGUCCAGGCGGGGUUCUUCUGAGGGUUCUCCGUGGACACGGCUUCGCGUGCUGCUUCACAGAAAACCUUCAUUUCUGUUUGGAUCCAAAGGACCAAGCUGAAAACCUGGGAAGGCUCGGUUGUUCUGGUUCGGUUCUCUUGCAGCUGACAUUCUUGGAGUCUCUGUUCUCCACACAGAGAAAUAUUCCAGAGUUCCUCUGAGGCUCAGACCCUCCUGGUCUUUCUGAGCUCCACAGGAACACUGAGGUUUGUUGGUUGGUCUGACCCGUUUGUCUCCUUCCAGAACCCGGUUUCUUUUUUGCGACCUGGAUGGACUGAUGGAGAACAACUCCCAGAUUGUGUUUGUUCUGCACGGCCUCAACCAGUCCCUGCUGAACCGGCAGGUCUCCUUCGGUCUGGCCCUGACGGCGUACCUCUUCACCCUCUUCGUGAACCUGACGCUCAUUGGCACCGUGCUCCUGGAGAAGACCCACCUCCACCAACCCAUGUACUUCUUCCUGUGCAACCUGUGCAUAAACGGCAUCUGUGGAGCGUCCAGCUUCUACCCAAAGCUGCUGCAUGACCUGCUGGCCGACGCCCACGUGGUCUCGUACGCCGGCUGCGUGGCUCAGAUGUUCGUGGGCUAUAGCUACAUUUUCUGCGAGUUCACCAGCCUGACCGUCAUGGCGUACGACCGCUACGUGGCCAUCUGCUCGCCGCUGCGGUACCAGGAGCUGAUGACGCUGCAGAAGGUGGCCCUGCUGCUGCUGCUCACCUGGACCUUCUCUCUGCUGGAGACCGCCGUGGGUCUGGUCCUGGUCCUUCAGCUGCCACUGUGCGGCAACCGCAUCUCCAAGAUGUUCUGCACUAACUGGGAGCUGGUGAAGCUGGCGUGUCAGCCCGCGUCCUACGACGACGUGUACAGCUUCUUGAUCACAGUGCUGCACCUAUCGCAGGCCGCACUCAUCGUGGUUUCCUACGCCCAGCUCAUCCGGACCGCAUCCCGCUCCCGCUCUGACCGCAGGAAGUUCCUUCAGACGUGCGUCCCGCACCUCGCCGCGCUGCUGGUCUUCACGGGGUCGCUGCUGUUUGACGGCGCCUUCUCGCGGUAUGGCGGCACUAGCAUCGAGAUGCUGCAGAAUGCGCUGGCGGCAGAGUUCCUGGUGGUGCCGCCUGCCCUGAACCCCAUUAUUUACGGCAUGAACCUGAAAGAGGUCCGGUCCAGGAUCUACUUCAGGUUCACCACCAGACCAAAGCUCUCCAUGUGAUGUCUUGACCAGAGGGUACCAUAAAGAUGGCCUCUGUCCAUCAACACAACCUCGCUGCCACCCACAGCGCCCCCUGCAGUCCACAGAAAAAAACGAUCCUCAGGCUGACCAGCGGGGAACUCCAGCACCUAACCGGAGAGUCCAAGCUAGAACUGAAUGAAUGAGUGGAUUUCUGUUCCUGAGUCCGGACAAUCAGACUGACAUUCUGCGGUUCUGCUCUGUGAUUGGCUGCUUCUGUGGCACAUUUUGAACCAGAAUUUUAGUCCAUCAAUGGAUUUCAUUAAAGCUUUAUUCUUAUCUCUCAAUAACUUCCAAAUAAUUCUCCAGAAAUAAAAUAAAUCACAAAGUCUUUAAUAAAAGCAGAGCUCAUGCUCGUGGUUGCUAAUAAAGCUCAACAGUCUGUCCU